UGAAGAAGAUGAGGUGAUAAAAGUCUCAUCCUUUCUGGAAAAUCUAGUCCAUCCUAGAGCUAAUUAUUGCAUCAGCUGCAUAACUUCUUGCAACAGUUGUCCUAAACAAGGAUACUCAACUUUAGUGUCCAAGUUGUCUGCUUCAUGUGACGAUACAUUCGUGGAAUGUAAAUGGCGAGGACAGGCUUUCAACUGCUGUCAGCAUUUCCAUCCCCUACGGACACCCUGGGGGCGCUGCUUUAGUCUCAACUCACGUCAAACAAAAUCUAUUGAACAAGUACAACUAUUUACUGUCAAUCACAAUGAGAGAAAUAAUAUACUAGAGAUGAAGUAUAAGAGACCUGUCAAGCUACAUCUUCAUGAUCCUUAUGACAUUGACUUUUCAAAGCCAUUAGCAAACACAAAACGUGCACAAAAUAUUGAAGGAAGUGUUACCAUGGGUCACAAAUUACAAGUCAUAUAUAAGUUUCGUAACAUAGAUAUUCAUCAGUCUGCAUGGGAACUGAAAAGAAAUCAGAGGGGAUGUACAUUGCCACGAGAAAUUGAUCUCAGAUACUACAGAGAAUAUAGUCUCUCAGCAUGUUUAGCUUCAUGUGAAGUUAAAAAUCAAAUGUGGUUCUGCAAUUGCUCUCACCAUCUGCUGUCUCCAAAUAGGAAAGUCAAAGAAUGCAAUUUUGAAGGUCUUCAUUGUUUAGAUACUUACUUUGGUGUUAAUGGAAAAGAAAACAGGAAAAAAUAUCAGAAACGAAAGAUAAGAUGUCAAUGCCUGCCAGCUUGCCAAGGUACUGAAAUAAGUACAGUGUACGAAGCUGUCACCAGCACAGGUGACCAGAAUAUCUCUUCAGAAUUACAGUUAACAACAGCAGCAACAGAAAAAAUUACCAUGCACUCAAGGUUAAGAAUGGUGGAUUUUCUUGUUGCAGUGGCAUGCCUUACUAGACUUUUUACUGAACUCACUUUGUACGAUGUUGUUGUCAUCCUCUUCAGUGGAGCAAGGUCCAUUACACGUCAUCUAAAGAACAGUUUUACUAAAAGAGCAUCUAUACGUAUUUCUUGA